AUGGACCAAGAUCCUUCUUCCAUGCGCAGACCCGACGCCGGUCCAGCACUGGUGAAAGGCAUCUGGGCAGGUAUUGCAGUCGCGACCAUAAUCGUCAUUCUUCGGACGAUUGCUAAGAUCAGGAUCCGGCACUUUCGUCUCGAUGAUAUUCUGAUGAUCGCUGCAUUGACUUUGUCAAUGAUCUCGACAGCCUUCCUCACAAUCUCCAUUCAUCAUGGAUUCGGGGCUAACCUCCGCGUUGCGCCAUUGUCCGACGUACAAAUGGUACUCAAAUGCAUCGCCAUCCAAUGGCCACUCCUCACCAUGAGCACCACCCUAGCUCGCUGUUCCUUCAUCUGUUAUCUAGCGGCCAUUCUCGGGUCCAACAAGGCGCACCAAAUCCUCUUAUGGGCUACUCUGUCGCUUCAGCUUGCCGCGAAUAUUGUUUCGGCGGUACUCCCUACCACCAUCUGUCGCAAUGUCGAGAUCCUCUGGAAACCACAUGUUCUGACGAGCUGUGGUGAUACAACAGCUGUCAUCAAAUUCUCCUACUUCACCGGAAGUCUCAACUCUGCGGUUGAUUUGUUUCUGGCGCUGUUCGCAACGCUCGUCUUCUGGAAACUCAACCUGGCGCUUCGCAUCAAGAUCAGCCUGGCCAUCCUUCUGAGCCUUGGGAUUGUGGCAAUGGUCGCCUCCAUAAUCAAGACCACCAAACUAGAGUCCAUCCCCAGCAUCACGAACCUCGGAGUAUCGGGCGGGGUUUCCUUCUUUCGAUGGGGAUACGCAGAGAACGCAAUCAUAAUCGUCACCUCUUCAAUCCCCUGCCUCCGCUCCCUGGCCAUCUCGUCCGUCCGCAAAAUCCAGAAUAGUCGUGGCGCCACCCGCUCUUACGCGCUCACCAGCUGGCCAUUCAGCCGCGGCCACCCACCUUUUUCCCAAACACGCAACAUCCACCAAACUGGUCCCGAGACUGAUAGCAUCGAGCGGAUCUUGGACCUUGAGACACACCAGGAAUCAAAUUGCGGUGCUCGAAGUAAGCAGCGUGGGGAGGCAGGAUUUCCUUCCGGCCAGUUAGAUAUCCGAAUCACGAACCAUGUUCAGAUUUCAUACCAUGGGUCUGAUUUACGUUGA